AUGUUGAAAUCAAUCGUGUUGUCCGCUUUGGGAGCGCUAAGCACGAAUGAAGCUCUCUACCGCCAAAGUGGACCUUGCCCCUUCGCCGCCUUUGGCUCGAUUAUCGUCAAUCACACCAGUGACGAAGUCGUCUGCGAGGGCGCGAACUUCCGCACGGGAGACCCAACCAUUCAUGGAGAAAUUUCAGCCAUCAAUGCUUGCACGGCGAAGUUCGCAGAGCAGGGGAUGACGCCAACUGAGAUCUACGCCGCAUGGGGAAACCUCUCCAUCUACACCAACGCCGAAUCGUGUCCUAUGUGCGCAAGUGCCAUUCGUUGGGCAGGAUUCAGAGAAUACGUUUAUGGCACCACCAUUCAGCAUAACUACAACGUUGGCUGGGGUGUAAUGACGUUGAGUAGCUACGAUGUGUUCCAGCAGUCUCGGCAACUCCCUGGAUAUCAAACAUCAAUGAUCGGGCAGAUCCUUACUAAUGAGACGGAUCCUCUCUUUUCAUGGCAAUACAAUGCCAGCGCACCCUGCCCAAACGAGUGCUUCCGGGUGCCUAGCGCCACAAGAGGAGGUACGGCGUGCUCCAAUGUCACCGUCUCUCGAAGGGACUACGACGCACUGUGA